AUUAGGGCUUAAGGCAGCGCGAGAAAUGUUUAAGGCCGAAAAUACGUCAUAGUUUAGAGGUUAAGUCAUAAGGUUUAGGGCUUAAAUCGCCUAUUGUAGACCGGCACUAAGGGUAACGUGUAAACGUAGUCAUUGUAGACCGGGCUUUACUGCUUAAGUUUUUCUAUGUGCCACUGGCCUUGAUUAGAAAAAACAAAUCAGAAAAACAAUUGGGCUAAAAGGAAGAAAGAACAAUGCACUAUAUUUCAAAAGGAUGAGAUAUAAUACAUUGUAAAAGAAUGUGAGACGAUUACCGGCGAUAUGAUAUUGAUGUGUUUCAUUGAUGCACAUAAAGAUUAAUAAAUAAUUGAAGUAAUUAUUAUAUUAUAAUAUAAGAUGUCAAAUUAAUAUUCUCUGUAACGUUUCAAAUUGUGAAAUUGUGGCAUUGUUUGAUAUAACAAGAAAUAAUGGCGGCGAAAAUAUAUCAACCUGAUCAAGAGUUGGAAACAAAAGUUAAAAAGGCGACUGAACGUAUAUCGGAGAACAUGCAUAUCGUCGCCAACGAACCGUCACUCGCCUUUUAUAGGCUGCAGGAGCACGUGAGGAAAGCGUUACCGCCAAUGGUUGAGAAACGCGUGGAAGUGCUAGCAUUGCAGCAGCAAUUGCUGGGCAGAUGCUACGAUGUGGAAUAUGCUGUCAGUGCCAUCAAGACCAUGCAAGGUGCUGAGAAAAGCUUUAAGAAUACCUUGGAAUUUAUCAAGAAUGCGAUAUUCUUCAAGCAACAACUCAAGUACGAGGAACAGAGACGGCACAAAAAAGAUGGCAACAGGGACUCUGUCUAUAAACGAUUAUCAGCGCAUAUUCCCACGUUGGAUCAUUUACCGGAUGAGAUAUCCGAUGUCGUGCGUGAGACGGCAAAUCGCGUGGAGUCGAUAAUGAAUCACGCCAGGCAUUCGGGUGAAAUACAAAAAUCGGCCACUGUUCAUAAUUAAAAGUGUAUGUAUUAUAAUGAUGUUUGGUUUUCUGUGAUAAUUUGCUCGCUAUAACACGCGAGUUUUGUACAUAAAUUACAUAUAUAAUGCUAUAUUUAGACAUAUAUAUAAUUGCAUAUGUAUAUAUAUGUAUAUAUAUAUAUAUAUA